ACGAGUGCAAGCGCACAUUCAGGAAGGAGCAGCCAUCAUGAACACUAAAGGACCACAGAAUUUGAAGUUGGACCCGGAGAAGCUGUUCACAAAGCUUGAGCGGAUCGGGAAGGGAUCUUUUGGAGAGGUUUUCAAAGGCAUUGACAAUCGCACACAAAAGGUGGUCGCUAUUAAGAUCAUUGACCUGGAAGAGGCUGAAGAUGAGGUGGAGGACAUCCAACAGGAGAUCACAGUCCUGAGCCAGUGCGACAGCCUCUUCAUCACCAAAUACUUUGGCUCUUACCUGAAGGACACAAAACUAUGGAUCAUCAUGGAAUAUUUAGGAGGGGGCUCAGCUCUGGAUUUGCUGGGACCUGGGGCCCUUGAUGAGACCCACAUUGCCACCAUCCUCCGAGAGAUCCUGAAGGGUCUGGAUUACCUACACUCUGAGAAGAAAAUUCACAGAGAUAUUAAAGCUGCUAAUGUCCUGUUGUCAGAGCAGGGUGAUGUAAAGCUAGCAGAUUUUGGUGUGGCUGGGCAACUCACAGACACACAGAUCAAGAGGAACACAUUUGUGGGCACACCAUUCUGGAUGGCACCAGAAGUCAUUAAACAGUCAGAGUACGACUCAAAGGCAGAUAUCUGGUCAUUGGGAAUAACUGCAAUCGAGCUGGCUAAAGGAGAGCCGCCCCACUCUGAUCUUCACCCCAUGAAGGUGUUAUUUCUCAUCCCCAAGGAAAAUCCUCCCACACUGGAGGGAAACUACAACAAAGCUCUUAAGGAGUUUGUAGAUGCCUGUCUCAAUAAAGACCCCAACUUUAGGCCAACAGCUAAAGAGCUUUUGAAACACAAACUUAUCGUUCGAUAUUCCAAGAAGACCUCAUACCUGAUGGAUCUCAUUGACAAGUACAAGAAAUGGAAACUGAAACAGGCCCGAGAUGAGUCCAGCUCUGAUUCCGACUCAGAUGAAGAAGAAGCAUCUGGAGAGUCUGUGAAUGAUGACUGGAUCUUUAACACCAUCACAGAAAGUAAACCCAUCCAGGAACCCAAUAGAGUCUUGAAGCCUGUAGAAAACAAACCGAAAAAGGUUCCAGACAGGCCGAAGCAUUCUCCGUCCCAGAGCAUGUCCUCUAUUAUGUCCCCGUUGUUUGCAGAGCUGAAGCAGAAGCGGGGUGUUUAUAAGCCGGGGGUGUUGGACGAACUGAAGCAGGCCAUGCUGCUGGCUGAAGAGACAUGUCCCGGGAUCACAGACUCUAUGGUGACAGGGGUGAUUCAGAGAUUAAAGAGGUUUUCCUCUCAUCACUGACUCUACCUGAAGACUCUUUCUCUGUGAGUGUGUGUGUGUGCGUGUGUGAUAUCUGAAAGGCUGAAUGCUGAGAUGUAGCAUAGUGUGUUUUUAUUAUGGUGGAGUUUUGAUUUUACAAUCUCAGGUAGUUGCUUUGUGUGUACAUAGCUUAUGAAUGUGGACUGGAGAUUGCACAACAAUCAUAUGAAAUGAUUUGACAACUUAA